GCGGAGCCGCGCAGGACCCGCCGCCGCUGCCGGAACAGCCGCCGCCCGAGCCGGGGCCAUGGAGGAGUUUCACCCCCACAACGACGAGAUGAUCUUCAAUGCUGAUGAGGCCCACAACAUAGUUAAGGAGUGCAUAGAAAGUGUUAUAGGCAAGGCAGAUUACAAUCACAACAAAGUCAACCAGUGGACUGCUGCUAUAGUAGAACAGUCACUGACACAUCUGGUAAAACUUGGAAAAACAUAUAAGUACAUUGUAACCUGUGCAGUGAUGCAGAGGAGUGGAGCUGGUCUUCACACAGCAAGUUCGUGCUUCUGGGAUACCACAACUGAUGGAACCUGUACAGUGAGAUGGGAAAACCGAACAAUGAACUGCAUUGUCAAUGUGUUUGCUGUUGCUAUUCUCCUGUAGCUGACUGGAAGAUAAAUAUAAGCAACACCAAAGCCUUUAAAAAAAAUACAAAACAUCCCAACACAUGACUAAAUAUUUCAAAUAAUUAUUUGGUUUUGUAUGAGGAGCAUACAGAAGUUCUCAACAGAGAACAUACAGUCUAAGCCAGUUCUCAUAGAUUAAUUAUCUAAAAGCUAGCAAAAAAAUUAAAAAUAUAUAUGUGUCUCUAUCUAAAGUGAAAAUUUUAGUAAUUUAAAUAUUCAGAGUAGGUUAAUGAGAAGAUGCCACAAAGAUCAAUACAACUUAUAUCAAAGCUAAUAUCAAAGACACUUUAUUCAAGAGGAACAAAACACAUCAAAGGAAAGGUCAAAGGGCAAGCAAGACCUCUCAGGAUUAUGGUGCAUUUGGGAACAAAUUAUGAACACAAUUCAGAGUGGAUAUACUGUAAACAGUACUGGUGCUUCAUGUUUGAUUAAACAAAAAAUCUGUCACAUUGAGUGCUGGUGCCUGUGAAAUUGCCCAAGCAUCACGUUUCAGUCAAGCAUGACCAUUUACCUUGAAAUUAAAUCCAGUUAAGCUUUUCCCCUGGAGGCAGAGGAUGACUUCAUUGGGAUAAAGGUGAAAUAUACUUAGUACAAGCAGAAUUCUAAUUUAUCUUCAGAAUGAAGAACGUAGUAUUUGUUAUUUAUUCAGGGAAAAAUGCUGGGGAUCAGACGUCAGCCCUUAAUUCAUAGUUUACAAAUCUGAAAACAUUCUGGAGGUACUUAAAUUUGGUUUUGUUCCAUGACUGCAUAAUUUGUAACAAGCACUUUACUGAUUCCUCAUGCAGUGGCCAGGAGCUAGGGCAGUAAGACUGGACCCACAUUACUCCCAAGCAGGAUUGAAGUGUUUGGAGAGAAGGCGCAUUUCUAGAGGCUCUUUCUAGCUUAGAAAGCAUUUAUCUUUAAGCAACAUAUUCUUUAUAGGAGUGUUUCCGGUGUUCUCUAAGUCUAAAAUUGGAUCUUAGUCCUGAGAAUUAAUACAGUUAAAGUUCAAGCACUGAGACUCCUGUAAAGAUUUAUGCAAGCUCUUAACUUUCCUCAUUUGAUGAGUCUUAACUUGAAAUAGUCCACGUGGAAGAAAAGCAUUUGCACACAUACAAGUAUUUGCUGGAUUGGGGCCUACAUUUUUGUUGAUUAAUGCACAAAUUAUAUGAUAAAGAGAUGUAUCAAUACCAAAAAUGCCUAAAUGAUUGCUGCCACUAAGUGGCAGGUACAUUAAGUUGUUUUCUCAGAUGCUGCUUAAGGAUAGACACUUGUCUUUAUUACUGCACGUCAUUGGAAGAGACUGGUAACUACCUGGUAAACAGCUACCAUAAGGCUGUUUGGGAUUUUAACAUGAAUAUUAAAGCACUAUUAUGCA